GAUUUACUAAAUAAUUAUGGAACGGAGCCCCACACAAUUAUUGUUGUAAAAAAUUUCCCUUUUGGCUCACAUUAAAUACAGUGCUAGCUUUCUUUCUUUUCCCAAAAUCUUCUCUCUCCGCUGCUACCCGACCAGGCUUCACUUUCGGUCCUUCACUAUAACUAGAUCUUCCAACUAGGCCAAUUCAGAAGCAAUAGAGAAUAUGGACAUGAACAAAGUUGGGCCAGUGGGAGGACGUAGAGGUGGAACCAUUUGGGAUGAAAAGGGACGAGACCAAGUUGCUGGGAUUUAUGUUUCCUACAGCGAAGACACAGUCUAUUCACUUCAGUUCUUGUUCUAUGAGAAUGGCAAGUUGAUUCAAUCAGACAAGCAUGGUGGUGAUCGCUGUGAGAACUUCUAUGCAGUUGUCUUUGAUUAUCCAUCAGAGUUUCUUACUUCUCUAAGCGGUUCCUACGACGACAAUGCGUACUCUCCAGUUCUGCAAGCUAUCAAAUUUAGCACCAGCAAGGGUUCCUAUGGACCAUUUGGACUUGUGAAGCCUUCAUCUGAUGCCAAAUACGUCAUAUCUUCAUCUGCUGCCAAACACUUCACCUUUCAGAUAGGAAAUCACCGUCUUUUUGGUGGUUUUCAUGGCACCAAGACUAAGUAUGCCGUUGAGAGUAUUGGUAUCUAUGUGAAGCCCAUCAUAUCCUCCAUAAUCAACUUGAAAGAUCUUCGAGUGAAGGAUGAGAAAGAUGUUUAACUCACCUUCCACAAAUUUCCAAAUUAUGUUGUUCGUCUUAAUUAACUCUAUGCUUACUUAUGGUUCUACUUUUGCACAACCGAUCUACUGCUUGGUGUUUGGUUAUUAUGUAAGGUUUAUUUCUUGAGUUUGAUUACACUGAGUAUGUUGUUGUGUUUGUAUUUCUUGAGUUUUAUAUUGUAAAAACAAGUUAUUGUAAGAUGGUUAAGCUCCGUCCGCUAUGAUAUUGAGGUAAAUCGCUCCCAGUUUUCAUUGUCA